GGAGGAAAGAUAGGCGCUCGCUCGCUCGCUCGCAGCAUCUCUCUUCUCCCGAAACAACCGCUCGCCACCCGUCCUCUUCUCCCUCCCUCCCACGCUCUCCAUUUCCUCUUCGGCUCUUCCUCUUCGCCGAUCGAAACAACCGCCCUUCCUCUCCGCCGAUCUCCGCGCUACGACCCUGCAGGUACCCCCUCCUCCCUCUCGUUCGUCUCCGCUGCGUGGUGGCACUGCCCGGCGCCAGGGCCGGCAGCUCGUUCUGGCGACCUGCGCGCCAUGUCUGCUCCCCUUCCUCCCGCAGGACCAGAUCAGGUCUCGUAGGAUUUUCUCCCCCCUCGCUCCGUGGCUCCUCCCGCGAGCACCGCCACCCCUCCCUCCCCAUCCCGCUGCCGAGCGCCCCAGCCCCCUAGCUCGUCUUCCUCCUCGCGCGCGAGCGCCUCCACCGCAGGUUGAUCUCCCCUUCGAUUCUCUCUCUCCCGACCGUUUCUCCUCCCAUCACCCCACCAACGGAUUCCGCCCUUUGGCUCCCUGUUUCAUCUUCUCCAAUUCGUAACUGGGGCAAAAAUCAAGGUUGCUAAAAUGGAUAAGCUCAAGGGUUCUGCGCGCCUUAUGAUUGUUUCAGAUCUUGAUCAUACAAUGGUUGAUCAUCAUGACGAAGAGAACUUGUCCUUGCUUAGGUUUGGGGCCCUUUGGGAGUCUCUUUACUGUCAGGAUUCUCUGCUCGUCUUUUCUACUGGAAGAUCGCCUACUCUCUAUAAGGAAUUGAGGAAAGAGAAGCCUAUGCUUACUCCAGACAUCACUAUUAUGUCUGUGGGCACUGAGAUAACAUAUGGAGAGGAAAUGGUUCCUGAUGCUGGCUGGGAGGAAUAUCUGAACAAUAAGUGGGACAAGAAUAUUGUUCUUGAGGAAACGGCCAAGUUUCCUCAGCUGAAGCUUCAGGUAGAGUCAGAACAGCGUCCGCAUAAGGUCAGCUUUUUGGUUGACAAGAAGACUGCUCAGGAAGUGAUAAAGUCUCUCUCUGAGAAUUUUGAGAAACGUGGGGUAGAUGCAAAAAUAAUCUACAGUGGUGGGCAGGACCUUGAUAUAUUAGCUCAAGGGGCUGGAAAGGGUCAGGCACUUGCAUAUCUGCUCAAGAAGUUAGGCUCAUGUGGAAAAACACCCAACAAUACUCUUGUUUGUGGUGAUUCUGGUAAUGAUGCAGAAUUAUUCAGCAUCCCUGGUGUUCAUGGUGUCAUGGUUAGCAAUGCCCAAGAGGAACUACUCCAAUGGCGUGCAGAAAAUGCGAAGGAUAAUCCUAAGGUGAUCCAUGCAACUGAGAGGUGUGCUGCUGGUAUUAUACAAGCUAUCGGACACUUCAAGUUAGGACCUAAUGUUUCUCCAAGAGAUGUCGAGUUUCCUUAUGUCAAGGAGGACUCUUUCAAGCCUACAGAAGCUGUUGUAAAGUUCUAUGUUCUCUAUGAGAAGUGGCGUAGGGCUGAUGUUCCAAAGGCUGAUUCAGUUGUGGAGUACUUCAAAAACGUCACUGAUGCAAAUGGAGUUACUAUUCAUCCUGCUGGGCUCGAAUUUUCGAUCCAUUCAGCCAUUGAUGCAUUGGGUUCGUGUUAUGGUGACAAACAAGGGAAAAAAUACCGAGCAUGGGUAGACAGACUUGUUAUAUCGCAGACUGCUUCUGACAGUUGGCUGGUGAGAUUUGACUUGUGGGAGUCAGAAGGUGAUGCGUGGGUGUGCUGUUUGGCAAGUCUUGCACUGACUGUAAAGCCCGAAAGCCCCGCCGGCUUUGUGGUAACACACAUCCACAAGACAUGGCUCAAAGGACAUUCUGGGGAUGAACAAGCAUCCAAACUCUAGACCGAAUCGCUAUCCCUCGGUGCAUGCAUGGGAAGGAAGUUUUUUCGGGGAUUGAAUAAGGAGUAUAGAAAAAACAUGAGCAUUUCUUUUUCUUGUUUAUAAUGUUAAUAACUGCUCCCAGACACUAUAACUGGAUGAUGUCCAUGGAGGGCUUAAUGCCUAUGUGAUGUGUAAGAUAAAUAUUUUUAUCUCAUGACUGUCAUGACAAGAUAAAGUUAACGAUCUCAGCCCAGUAUAUUACUACUUUGGUGUAA